AUGCGACCUUCACAAGGCUUUAUUACCACUUCAGGGCAGGGAUCGGGUGUUUGCGCAGUACAGUCCGAGAACCCAUCUGCCAGCCAAUCUGCGGGCAAUGCGAAUAUGACAGCCAAUCAGACGACUGGCCUCGAGUAUGCGAUGGCAGGAUUAUUGACGAAUUUGACCCAGGCGAAGUCAACAAUCACAUCCAGACAAGCUACUGGGCUGGACUCUUCCUUAACUCACCUUGCUACUGAUCCAAACGCCCCGGAUUCUCGAACAACUGCCAACCAUCUCACUGGCUUGGAGUCCUCCAUGGCUGGCCUUUGUACUGGCCCUCUACCUGUACCGCCUCAGGGACUGGCUACUUAUCCAGUGAAUUGCACGCCACCGUUUGUUUUAACAUGUAUGCACGACGCUCCAGCAGGCCAAUCUGCUUCCUGGCGACCGUUCACACCCGCUUUGCGAAUUUCCGCACAACAAACGGAUAUUGCAAAUAUGCGCGUGGUCCUAGAAGCGUCCGGGCCAUUCGACUAUCUGGGGUGGCUUCGUUGCCCCGACUCAGAAAAUGAAGUUUUGUUGCGUACGGGCGGAUACAACUGCAAUCGUAUGAUGAACGAAGACUCCUUCAUCUACUUCUACGGGAACGUCUUCUUCAAGAGGAAAAUUGGAGAAGAAAUCAAUCCUGUCACAAAUGCGACCUUCAAGGAAGAGGUGAUCACAUCUGACGACAUCAGCUUGCUCACAAAAUCUUGUCAAUGGCUGAUUAACAACCGCAACGCAGCUUGGUUCGAUUGGUCCAACCUCGCCAAUGACGACGACAUCGCGAGUUGGAUGUACCAAAUUGUACACCUCGAGCAGGCGUCGCUGGUUCAAAACGUCCGGAUUCACGAUCGCAGAAAGAAGAUACGGUCAACACCAGCCCGAGAUACGAUAGCAACAUAUCGGCAAUACGGUCAACAUCAGGUCGAUAUACAACACGAUGUCUCUUUUAUGAGUCCACGGCACAGAGGGGAAAAGGUUGGAUAUACCAAAAGCAUGCGGCAUGCGAGGACUACAAUAAAGGAGAUUAUUGGAGAUCGAUUCGAGGGUUGCGGGCGUGUGCUGUCAAGGAGAAAGGAGAAGGACGUGGGGAGACAAGUGGACAACAAGUUGUCUUUGUCGCGAGAGGCGCGUACUGUUUCACUAUUGUCUCGCUUCCUUGUCACGAGACGCUGUUUUUCAAUCUCGCAUUGCGAGGUGCACAAAGGGCUACUGAAAGCAGGAUUCUUCAAGCACGCGCAUGUAGGCUGA